CACAGGAGUCAAAUCAAUCAUGGAGCAGUUUGUGCCUGCUGGUCGCUCUCUGUCAGCCUGCAGAAGGGUUUGUUUCGCUGCAGGACAUUUCCUCAACGACCUGUGCUCCUCCAUGUGGUUCACCUACCUGCUGGUCUACCUCCACUCCGUGCUCGGCUUCCGAAGCACCUAUGGAGGUGUGUUGCUGCUGAUCGGGCAGAUAGCUGACGGAGUCUCUACGCCUUUGGUUGGAUAUCAAUCCGACAAAACAUCGUGCUUCUAUGGCAAGAGAAAAACAUGGCACUUGUUUGGAACGAUUUGUGUCCUUGUUUCUUUUCCAUUCAUUUUCAACCCAUGCCUGGCCUGUAACGACAGCACUCCUCAGUGGGCUCAAAUACUUUACUUCUCGCCCUUCAUCAUCAUUUUCCAGAUCGGAUGGGCAGCCACUCAGAUCUCUCACCUCUCCCUCAUCCCGGGGCUCGUGUCCAGCGAGAGCGACAGGGUGGAGCUAACCGCGUACAGGUAUGCCUUCACUGUGGUGGCCAAUAUCACCGUGUACAGUGUGGCCUGGCUGCUCUUUCACUUCCAGGCUCAGAACAAUAUGGACACCUCCAUCUCAGAUAGCCUGGGCAAGGUGGACAUCCCCCUUUUCAGAACUCUGGCCCUGGUUAUGCUGGCUACUGGAGCUUUAUUCUCUAUGGUAUUCCACAUCGGUACUAAAGAGGAGGUGACAGAUUCAAUGAGUGAAAAUCAGAGGAUCCUACCGUCAACCUCGCAGGAAGAGUCGCCUGGUCUUGUGUUUCAGUGGAAGCAUUGGCUGAAGGAGCCGUCCUUCUACCAGGUGGCUUUUCUGUACAUGUGCACCAGGUUAAUAGUCAACUUAUCCCAGACCUACAUCUCAGUUUACCUCACCAACUCACUGAUGUUACCAAAGAACUACAUUGCCAUCAUACCUCUAGUGAUGUAUGUCAGCGGCUUCGUUUGCUCUCUGGUUAUGAAACCAGUCAGCAAGCGCAUGGGAAUCAGUAUUACCUAUUUGGUCGGCCUGUUGUUGGUAGUUGGCUUCGCCGUCUGGGUGCUUGUGGACAAGAGCAUGGGAGCUGAGACAAUCUACGGAGCUGCCGUGCUGCUGGGAGCCGGUUCAGCCUCGAUCCUGGUCAUGUCCCUGUCCAUGACGGCCACUCUCAUCGGGGAGCAGACUGGAAGUGCAGCCUUUGUUUAUGGAUCAAUGAGCCUCACAGACAAGUUGGCAAAUGGUCUUGGUGUCCUCCUCAUCCAGAGCACACGGCCAUGUGGGACAGCUGUUUUACAUGUGAAUGGUCUCACAGUCCCUUAAAGCUGCAGUUCUUCACCUUUUUUCACUAGUGGACCCUUAAGUUGAA